CAGGAUACUGGGUAUGGCAUAGUUUAAGAACAAGAUAAUAAAUUUAAAAUGUAGUAGUGAAAGGAAAGUUUGUCGACCCUUUUGCUCAAGGAUACUUUUGAUUACCUGUAGAACUGGCUAUUAAAUGAAGAGGAUAUAAUAGUCAGCAGACAUCUGUGUUUUCGUCAGUUGGUAAGGAGUAAUUUGUUCCGAAAACACCGCUUUUUUGGCGAGUCACUAAGUUUAAAAUCACUUAAUGAAACACCAUGGCCUCGUUCAACAUCUCUCAUCCCUUUUACCCGCGGGACGUCCCCGUCCCCCACUACGUACCGAACACCUACCCCACCCACCUGCUGGUGCCUCCGCCUCUGGGCGUGUUUGCGCUCAUCUUCCUGGCCGUGUGGAGGCUCUCUCGCACGGACCGCUUCGGCCGGCCGCUGGGCGGCUGGGAGAAGGCGGCGCUGAGCUGGUGGGGCCUGUGCGGUUGCAUCCACAUGAUCAUAGAGGGAUUCAUCAGCCUCAACAGCCGGACCUUUGCCGGACGCAAUGACAUAUUUUCUCAGAUGUGGAAAGAAUAUGCCAUGGGAGACAGCCGAUAUGCACAUGGUGACGCCUGUAUCACCAUCAUGGAGGGCCUAACAGCGUGGCUGGAGGGACCCGGAUGCUUCAUCAUUGUGUGGUCCUUCCUGAAUAGACACCCAAUGCGUCACGUGCUCCAAUUUGGCGUUUCUAUCGGCCAAUUCUACGGUACCCUUCUGUACUUCUUCACCGAGAUCUUCGACGACUUCGCCCACGGCCCACGCUUCCACCCUUACUACUGGUGGUUCCUGGUCUUCGGUCUCAACUCUCCCUGGCUGGUGGUGCCCCCGAUCCUGAUAUACCAGUCUUGGAAGGAGUUGACGAAGGCGCAGAAAGGACUGGACAAUGCCACCGGAUACAACACGAGCAACGGGAAAGAGAAGAUUAGAUAAGCCAGUUGAGGUUCCUCUACGAGUACAGAAGAUAAUGUGAGCAGCACGAAGCAGAGCUAGAUGCCAAAUUUGUGAAAGCUCCAUUACAUUACUGUAGGUAAAGAAAGGUAUAUCUGUGAGAUAUGAAAUCAGCUUAUCAGGAUGGGCCGACAAUGGACGCACUGGUGAAAUACACAGUUCAAGUUUAAAACUUCACACCUUAGGCCUAAUUGACUCUCGAAAGUAAUGGGUGUACAUCAGCAUUAAGAAGUUAAAUUUUAGCCUUAAGUUUACGUUGGAUAUUUCUGUUACAAAGCUGUUCACGACUCUUAAGUCCUUGCCUACCUCCCCUAACAUUCCUUUUCAAUUUCCAAAAUUUCAUCCAAAUUAGCAUUGGUAAGACUCAUUCAAUUUGAAUUUGAAUGCAAUUUGAGAAAAGGAAAAGGUAGACUUCAAACUAGAGCUCGGAAAUAUUAUUAUGGUAAUCACUAUUCAGCUGUAAGUUUGUUCAAAAUUGAUAUUAUUAACGAAGGUUACUCAUAUUGCCUGGAACCAUGGGCCCACGGGCACCAGCAUUUGUUUCCAGGCAAAUAUUGCCGACAAUUUGGCACGCUUGUGCAUUUACAGGUAGUAUGGGAAUAAACCCUUUUCGACAUCUGCAAUGCCUUUAUGGGUUUGGAUAACAAAUAGGCAGUGCAUUUUUUGCACACCUACCUAUGAGAGAGGUGUACCUGCAAAACGUGAAUUUGUUUCCAAUUCACAACAUACCCCGUUUCAAGCCAUUGUCUUCAAAUACAGCGUCGCAUUGUAGCCUGUUCACAAACUUCGAAUUUUAAAAGCAUACCCGAAAAAGAAAAAUCCAACUUUUUGUACUGGACUGAAAUCGCGAAUAUUAAUGAGCUAGUAGUGGCCAAUCUGAAUCAAGACUUGUAACCGAUUCAUUCUGCAUUGACCAAUCACGUUCAUCAAAUCACCCUUAAUUGUCCUUAAAAAGACCCUUACGGGUGAAAUGGUUUCUUCUAAUAAGAUUUUGGAAAUUUUGUUUUUUUAAUUUGAAAAUAUUUCUUGUAAAUGUGUAUGCAUCUGCAUAGACUUGAAAUCAAGUCGUUAGGCGGUCGUGUUUGUAGUCUAGAACAACCGAUAUGAGCCAGCAUGCUGAGCCGGCUGUUCACCGUCGCGUUGCCCACGACUGAUCCAGCAUGCCGCGCUGACUCGGCCUGGAUACGACGCGUAGUCGUGAUGGGAUGUUCAGUACCUGGUUUCGAGGCACGUCGGUGAAUACCCGCUGUGCCCGCCUAACAACUUAAUCGACCUGGUUUUGGAAGGAUAUUCAUGAAUGCAACAACUAUACUGCAUAUUCAUAUCUUUCCAUAGAGAGUGCCAAUAGUAGCUCACGCUACGUAACAGACUCAUCCAUUUCGUAUAUAGGGAUAUAUAAAAAAAAAAAUCUUGAAAAAAAGUAUAUAGGAAUGCCAAUAUUUUGGUUAGUGCCAGUUUCUUUAUAUCUUGCAUAAUAUCCCUUUUACUAUGACGCGUAAAGACAAAUUAUACAUAACUAUUCAGGAACAAAUCUAUUAACUUUUUUUGGGGGGGGGUUAAAAAACCCGAUGCCUUUAUGGUAAAUCAUCUUUUUAGAAUAUUAUAAACACCCCCUUCAAUGAACGAGACUGUGAUGGUUUUCAAUACACCAAUCAAACUGCCCAAAAAUAAAUAUUCAUGUUAUCGGGAUUCUUAGCUAAUCAGAGUGCUCUGUCCAAUUUUGGCAGCAAUCCCAAUAUGUUGUGCACAAAAGGGAUUGCAGAUUGUUCAAGUCGGUAAUUGGGCACCGCCGGACACCGCCGGAAAAAAGAAAAUUUUAAUUGUUAUCUGACCGGCUCAACCCCCCGCCACAUGAUCAUGCAUAAAAUGCAUUGCUUGUUUGUUAUCCAUUACGAAAAUCGAAACGUUUUAACUGGGUAGCAGGUGUCCCAUUAGGCCACCUGUGCGCAUGUCUGUCCUGAGGACAGGCAAGAACAAAUUUGAACAGGAAAUUGUUGCUCGUUUACCAAACCCGUUUUUACGUAAAACUUUUAAACUGGAGAGCAAGUCCUCACAUUGCCUUGGGAAAUACCAGGUGCAGUGUGGAUCAGAUGGCAUCUGGGGGCGUGGGUAUUAAAACAUUUUACUGGUAGUACAGGAAAGUUUCUUAACCUUCACUCGGAAGAGACUGAUUGAUAUUGCCGGGUACCCCACCAUGGGAAAACACUUGUAGACCUACCCGCAGAAAAAAAACCUACAGGAAUCGUGUAAGAGAAGCCUAUAGUACGUGAAAGACGCAUUCAAUCCGUCGAAUUCACCUGAUCUAAAAUGCUCAACAAUCUUCAAACAGUUAGAACUAAAUUAGUGCGGUUAAUUUGUCUUUACAGUAAUUAUUGACGAUGAACGAAAGCAUGUGAAUUAUUAUAAUUCCAGUUCAGCAGUCUGGCUCGUUCAAUAGGACGAUGGGAAUUCGGCGCGUUCAAAUACACUUAUUUAUUGAGCCUCAUCCUGCAAUUUUCACGUACAGUUUCCUUACUUGUUUAUAAUUUUCUUGCUGUAGUUUUAAUACAAAACCUGAGAACUAUACAGUGGUUGUUAUGAGUAUCUAGUCAAAUGGUCCUCGCAUAAGGGACGUACACCCCUCCCACUUUAAACCAUAAGUUCUGGAGAAAAGCAAACGAAUUUAAUCAGUAGAACUAGAACUCAAAGAAGAUAUGUGUAUGCAGAAAUAACUUAGAUAUGGAUAGAUAUUUUUAUUUUUAACAAUUAUGAGAAAAAGUUGCUAGAGGAAAUAUGGAUCAAUCAUGAAUAACAAGAUGACCAAGGUAAAACGAAAUAGUGUUUCUUCCCAUUAAUUGUUAUCAAUAGUUUUGCAUUAGGUAUUAAUUAAUUAAAUUAAAAUCAUACGCACGAAAACUACCAUUUUAAGCAAGUUUGUUUUGUGGCUUACUCAUGCAGGUUGGGGGCAAAUGAUUUUUCCCCGAAAAACGACAGUGCCAUUUUUUUAAAGGAUCUUCGAACCCC